GUUAUAACCCGAAUGUAUAGAAUUUGAUUCCCCCUUUGACAACGUCUAGACUAUUCUGUGAAUCUCUAACAUGCAAGAAAGUGAGCGCUAUUUUAUCUGUCCACAUUCUACCGAAAGUAGUUGUCAGCUAGAGCUGCCAAGUCGUUGUUUAAGAGGACUAUUGUUGGUCGCACAAGACUGAACAUUCUGUGAGUAUUAAAUCGCAAAUCUGCGCGAAAGCCUGAACAAACAGGAUAAACGCCUAUUCACUCAGCGGAGAUACCGCUGAAUCGCGCAGCUAUGGAGUGUCUCGAACUUGCGAAACCGAGAUCUCCAGUAUCAUACUAUCGCCCAUGUUUGGCGCAGGAGACUCUGUCUCUUAUACAAAUUUAUUCGCAGAACGUUUCAUAUCAUGUCUAGUCUCAUUCAUAUCCUUGGUGACCUGGGGGGCCGAGCUGAUCGGUGGAAGAUGCUGCACAAGUCACGGUAUUCUGUAUGAACACACUAGCAAGGGGAGGGGGUUCAUGAAUCUUUCGCGUUCGAUAGGCUGUCAAGUUCUUGAUUCCUUAACCGUGAUACCGACCUUGAAUGUGACUUCGUUACCAGCGUUCAGUAUAGCCUACACAACAGUUAGCUUGCUCACAUGGCAAGUGAUCAACUCCCAUCCACGUGCGGAACAAGCAAACGUACUCGUAUUGUUAUAUAAAGAAGGAGUGUACACGCGUGAGUCGAGGAACAAUAAGGUCACCUCGUCUUUGAAUAGCGAAGGGGUGUUUGACUCAACUUCUCUUGCCUUCACCUGGUAUAUACACUAAGAAGAAUUUCAUGCUCACCGUCGAUUCUGUCUUACU